AUGGCCAUUUACACCGAUAAUGCCCCGUCUUUGGCGGGUAGCGCGAUAAUGUUAACUGUAUUGGCUUUACUGACCUAUGGCUUGCGAGUCUACUGCAGACUGACCCGCAAGUCAUGGGGCGUGGAAGAUUGGAUCAUGACCGUAGCAUUGAUACCAUUCGCCGUGCUAGUGGCAGGAUCUGUUGGAGGCGCUUUCAAUGGAAUUGGAAUUCGUAACUCGACCUUUGCAGAGCCUGGAAAUGAAAAGUACGAGGCACAGGGAAAGAAGUUCUUCCUGAUCUUUGAAGUUGGCUACUGCGCGGCCAUCAUUCCGAUCAAGCUCAGCAUCAGUUGGAUGUUGAUUCGAGUGGCAGGUGGCCGUAAAAUGUACCUCUACGUACAAUACGUUGUCAUUGCCAUAUUCGUGAUCAUGAACAUUAUCGCUUUGAUUUUCAUUCUGAUCAACUGCAUCCCUGUGGAAGCUGCUUGGAGCGAUGAAGCUCUCGCGAAUGGAGGCCACUGCCAACCAAGCUACGUCCUCGCCGAUGUGUACUAUGCGUGCACCGCUGUCAAUAUCCUUACCGAUUGGGUGACAGCUUUCCUACCGGUACCUCUACUUUGGAACGUGCAACUCAAUCGCAACACAAAAAUUUCCAUUAUUGCCUUGAUGGGCCUCGGUAUCUUUGCAUCGCUUUCAGCUUGUGUCCGACUCAAGUACACUGUCGCUCUCACCAAUCAGAACGAUUAUCUCUUCGCGGUCGCAGAUGUCGUUAUCUGGGGAUUCGCAGAGAACGGUAUCGGUAUGAUUGUCGGAAACGUGGCAACCCUCCGCCCGCUAUUCCGCAUCCUUCGCGAUGGCAGAAGUUCAGACUACAAGAGCUAUCAACAGACUCCCCGAUUCAAAAGCUCCCAUCGCAGCGAGGGGGCUAUCUUCUCCGGAAACUACGAGCUCAACGACCACGAGAAGAACCAUAUCACCACAACCUCCGUUGCAGACCACACAAGACGUGGUGGUAGUCUGAGCGACGGAGAUAGUCAGAAGGACAUUCUCGAGAACGGUCAACGACCUGGCCAAGCCGACAUUGUCGUAAGCCGACAGGUUGUCGUGGCCUAUGACUAA